UUCUAUUUUUUUCUAAGCCAUCUGCGCUCUCCCUCGUGAGUCUCUGACUCUCUCUCUGCAAAAAUCGGCCCUCCUUCUUUUCCAAAGCUCACUAAUCCAACCUUCAAAAACCAGAACCAACUUUUCUUGUUUCUAUCGCUUGUGUAGCACCACACACUAAGCACUUGCCUUUAACUUUGAUAAUAUUCUUUUUUCUUUUCUUUUUUUUUUUGAAUAAUUUUUGGUGGGAUAAAAUAUGAAGUGUUUUCAUUUCACCAACGGGGAGCGGCGAGAGGAAGAGGAAGGAGUCGGGGGCGGCGGUGGUGGUAGUGGAGGAAGCGAUGUCGUUUCAAGGGUGGUGUCCAGGGUGUCAUGGGCAAGGUCGUUGAGUGUGGCGUCGAGUAGCGUGGACACGAGAAGGUCUGAGUUUGACUCUGAGUGUAACUCGUCUAGGGACUUGUCUGACUCGCUCGGUUUCUAUGAGCUUUUGUCUCAGCGGAGAGCUAAUGAUCUGAGAGUCUUCACUUUCGCGGAGCUGAAAUCUGCCAGUCGAGGGUUCAGUAGAGCUCUGUUGAUCGGCGAGGGAGGAUUUGGAUGUGUUUACAGAGGUGUCGUUAGGGUUCCUGAUGAUGAAAACGACGGCCUUGAUUCUAAGAUGGACGUUGCUAUAAAGCAGUUGAAUCGUCACGGUUUCCAGGGGCAUAAGGAAUGGAUAAAUGAAGUGAAUUUUUUGGGUGUUGUUAAGCACCCAAAUCUUGUCAAGUUAGUGGGAUAUUGUGCUGAAGAUGAUGAAAGAGGGAUGCAACGGCUUUUGGUCUAUGAGCUUAUGUGUAACAAAAGCUUAGAGGACCAUUUGUUGGCUCGAGUGCCAACACCUCUUCCAUGGAUGACAAGAUUGAAAAUUGCCCAAGAUGCAGCUCGUGGAUUGGCUUAUCUCCACGAAGAAAUGGAUUUUCAGCUAAUAUUUCGGGAUUUUAAACCAUCAAAUGUUCUGCUAGAUGAGGAAUUCAAUGCAAAGCUUUCAGAUUUUGGUCUGGCUAGGCAGGGACCUCCUGAAGGACUUGGACAUGUUUCAACCUCAGUUGUGGGCACAGUGGGCUAUGCUGCUCCAGAGUAUGUUCAGACUGGCAGGCUGACUGUAAAGAGUGAUGUAUGGAGCUUUGGGGUGGUUCUCUACGAGCUUAUGACAGGAAGGCGAGCAAUAGAGAGAAACCUACCGCGGGCUGAGCAGAAGCUUUUAGAAUGGGUAAGACCAUAUGUAUCAGAUUCAAAGAAGUUCCACCUUAUUUUAGAUCCACGACUUGAAGGAGAUUAUUGCAUCAAAUCAGCCCAGAAACUAGCAUUCCUGGCAAACAAGUGUCUAACAAAACAGCCAAAGUCCCGACCUAAAAUGAGUGAGGUAGUAGAGAUGCUGGGAAACAUCAUAGGUGAGAUAUCAUCUCAAGUUGAUGUUGCCUGUGAACCUGUUUCUGAACAUGAAGAAGUUAAGGAAGAAACCUCUGUGGAGACUGAUGAGUCCAUUAGACAAGGGAAUGGCUAUCGGAAGAAGGUUUUUGAUUUAAGAGAAAUAGUCAACUUGCGGAACAGAUCAAUAGGGAAAUUAGAUUGGAGAAAUUGGACACCUGGGUUGGUAAGAACUUCAGAAUAGACAUUGGGUAGCGAGUAGAAACGCAUACAGCCUUUCUCAUAGUAUUGGAAGAGAAAUGAGUUUAUCCUCACAGUAAAAGAGAUGAAUGCUGGAAUAUAUGAUGCAUAAAGUUGAAGGGUAUUAAUUUUCGUUCUGUUUGCGGGUUAGCUGUAUAUAUAGGUUGUUGGGCCUGAACCGACAAAGACAUGCAAACUACGCUCGUCUCAAAUACACUUUGUAAGGAACAAAUCUGCUUGUCGACUAUAACUUGUAAAUUUUUCCAAGGUGGCUAGCGAGAUGCUGAUUUUCCCGAGUCUUUCUUGCAUGGCUGGAGUGAUUUGUUGAUUUGGGCCAGCCCAGCAACCUACAGGCUACGUCAUUUCUCAUAGGUGUUUUUAUCGUAUUCUGAGUCUGAACGGUCUUCAGGGCUUCCACAGGUUCUCUGAACUAGGAACUUCCCGUCUGUCCUUGACACUCUUGUGGAUCGUGGUCUUCUAGAAGAAACAAAACUAUAUAAAAUUUGUCACAGAUGGUUUCUCCCAUACCGGAUGAGAUGGGACUUGGAAUUGACUGGCUUGGGACCUUAGGUAAUGCAUCCCCAAUUUGAACAAGUUGCCGCCAUGGUCUUACUCUGGCACCCACCGCGGUCCAUGCAUUCCCUCCAGUCUGCUUUUCUCUUCAGGAUUCUGCCCUACACAGCAAUCAAUAACAAUGUCAAUUUCCCUCCUCUCUUUUUCUUCUGUUUUUCUGCUUCUUAUUAGAAUGAUCUGGGUCUUGUUACUCUUCUGAAUAAGCUGCUCCCAUUUUAUAGCCUUCUUAAGAGAGGAUGGUUAUAGCUUAGAGCUGUUAAAAGUUUUGCUUGAAUUAAACGGAAAUUAUGCUUUUGAACUUUA